AAAGUCUCUUCAAUUCUGGCCAAAGUCCUUCAGCAGAAAGAACACAAGUCUCAUAAGGGAAUCUUGUUACUGCGAGACCACACUUCACAUGAAUGAGGCGCAGCCAAGCUGAUCAAUCAUGGGAAAAGAUACCACAGUUACCAGCAACGCUACCACAGGAAAGUCUCGUCACCACGGUGCUCGCCUGAGCCUAGUAGCUCAUCACGACCAGUUUGUCGUCCUCUGAAGAUGGAUUUGAAGCAUAUGGACGAUCGGACGGCAGAUCUAUCUGUCAAAGAUUACCAGUUGUUUAUCGCUAUCACGCUGACAAUCUCUAUCUUUGUUGCAUCCACCUUCGCGAUUAUCGCUGGCCAAAUGGAAGAUCCAACCGAGCUUUGGAAGCCCGAGCAGCCACCGUUCAGUUUACAUGAAGUGAGAAGAUUUUUGGCAGCGGCAUGGCUUUGUUUCAUCCUUACCAUAGCUAUUGCAGGAUACAGCUCUAGUCUUCUUACUAUUCUACGCCAAAAAGCUCAAGAUUUAGAUGACCAAUCCUGGCACCGAAACUGGGAUACAGUCGGUAUCGCAUCAUCGAUACUGGUUCAUCUACUUCUGGUUCUGGCCUUCUUAUUUCUAUCGCUAGGACUUGUCGCCUACGUAGGAGCGAUUGGAUGGGCCGCAGUGGGAUGUUCAUGUCUAGCUGGUACCUUUGUUAUUGGGCUUUCCAUCUUCCAAUGUCAGUGAGUUUUCUCCGUGUCAGACAAAUAUUCCAUAUAACUGAUCCUUUCAGGGGUCACCAACGCCCGAAGAAGGCUAGAAAUCGUUGACAAGUCACUCAUGGUUCAUUCGGUGCAACUAAGCAACCAUGAUCUCAGGUGACCCGUCGUUGGCAGAGAGAGGGGGUAGAAGCACGAAUCAAAUCUCUACCAUAGAUAUCUGAAACAGGAAAAAAAUAAUAGCUGUAGCGAAACAUUGCCUAGGACUUUGCUUGAGGUGAAGUAUCACGAUGACCGUCUGCAAUGCCGACUCCACCACUGCGAACUAUGACGACACAAUCUUCAGUUAAAAAUGGCAAGAAACUUUUCGUAAUACAUCUUGGUCGUUUCCCGG